AUGCAGGCAUAUCGCGCUCUUUCUCAGAUUUACCACUUACUUAUUUUAGCGUGCUUCUCGCCGGGACUCAAAUGCACUCCACAAGCGCCAAAACAGCCGUUAUUUUUGUCAACCAGUCACCAAGCCCGACAAGCCCAGGAGCACAUUCUCCGAACCCUCUCUGCGUAUCGCCUUCACAUCCGCACAUCCGCACAUCUACGCCCACACUCACACCCAUCUCCACAUCCUGAUGCCCCUCGAUCCGCCACGGCACUCCAACAGGCCCACGGUAGACAUCACAUGCUUUUGCCGCACAUUCUCCCAGCAGAUGAUCUUUCGUUUCAUUCAGCAAGCUUUAGUGUCUUUCGCUGUGAAGCUGCUGGUAUAUCACCAACUAGACAGUAA